UGAAAGUCGGAGAGAACAUAACCAAAACCCUCAAAAUCUCAGUUCUCUCUCUCUCUCUCGCUCUUGUUGAAGAUGUCGACGUUCUUCAAGAGACUAGGCAAAGCUGCGCCGAUCGCAUUUUCUCACGCUUUCAGAACCCAAUCGCAAUCAACUUCAACUCAGUUUCGAUUUCCAGUCGGAGCUAUCGCUGCCAUCUCUGGCGGAAUCUCCUAUUUCUAUUACUUUUCUGAGCCAAAUUUGGUUCAUCUGGAUCAAAUCAAUGAGGAGACAGGUCCUAAAACUGCUCUCAAUCCUGAUAAAUGGAUAGAGUUUAAGCUGCAAGAGAAGGCUAAAGUCAGUCAUAAUACCCAGUUAUACAGGUUUUCUUUUGAUCCAAAUCUCAAAUUGGGACUUGGUGUUGCAUCAUGCCUUGUUACAAGGGCUCCAUUGGGAGAAGAUGCUGAAGGGAAAACAAAAUAUGUUGUUCGCCCGUACACCCCAAUAUCAGAUCCAGAUUCUGAAGGUUACUUUGAUUUGAUGAUCAAGAUUUAUCCUGAAGGAAAAAUGAGCCAACAUUUUGCAAAUCUAAAGCCGGGUGAUGUGCUUGAAGUAAAAGGGCCAAUUGAAAAGAUCAAAUACAUUCCCAAUAUGAAAAAACACAUUGGCAUGAUUGCAGGAGGCUCAGGAAUCACUCCAAUGCUUCAGGUUAUUGAGGCCAUUCUUAAGAAUCCAGAUGAUAACACCAAAGUAUCUUUGAUUUAUGCUAAUGUAUCUCCAGAUGAUAUCCUGCUAAAAAAGAAACUUGAUAUGCUUGCUGCUAGCCACCCUAAUUUGAAGGUAUUUUAUACUGUUGAUAGUCCUUCAAAGUACUGGGUUGGAGGUACAGGUUAUAUAUCAAAGGAUAUGGCCUCAAAAGGCUUACCUGCUCCAAAUGACGAUACACUUAUACUCGUGUGUGGUCCACCUGGAAUGAUGGAACAUGUAUCUGGUGGGAAGGCGAAAGAUUGGUCACAAGGGGAGGUGAGUGGAGUACUGAAGGAACUUGGGUACACAGAAGAAAUGAGAGAGAAAGACAUGGCUGGAUUAGCAAGGUCAGAUAUGUCAUUUAGAAGAUCAGGUUCAUCUGGGCUUGUUUGGGAUGAUAAGCUGUUGUCUGGUGAGCUCAAAGCAAGAGAACAAAGAAAAGAAGACACAGAAGAAGAAGAAAGAAAGCAGAAAGCCUAUAAAACCAUGGAAAUCGGUGCACCCACAGUUGACCCUCCUUCACCAAAGCUGUCUGGGUGUGGAGCCAUCUGCAGUGUUUUUGGUAAGCCUGACCACAAGCACAGGAAAAACAAGACCUAA